UCCAAAAUGGACGACAUGGAUGAUAAAAUGUUUUUACAUUGCCUAUGAACGCUGUCGAAAUCUUCUAAAUUUACUUCAUAUAUUAGCGCAUCUGAUCGUAAAGGACAGAUUGUGUGUAAUGUAAGAUAUAAUAUGUGUGAGAUGUACCAACAAGCUAAUAUGUUGGUGGAUAUGUCCACACCGUCAUUGCUGACUAGCACGGGAAACAAACUCGAUUAGCUAGCUAGCUUGAUAGCAGUCAAAAUCAAACAGAUAUUAUACGCUUGACAUUUCUGCGCCAUUAAUAUGUAGUCACAGUUAGCAAAGUUUAAGCAAAGCUUAACUUAAACAUAGUUUAAUCGCUUGCUAUACUCCGUCAAAGUGAAGAUGUUCCGCGUUUCUGUGAGCUACAUUCUACUGUGCGGCCAGAUUCUGCUUCUUCUGACCGUGUUGUUGUUGCAAUGUUUGGAAGGGACUCAUUCUCAGAACGCGUCGACCACACCUGGGAACCGAGGUACAACGGCUGCAUUUGGAGACCAAGAUAACGGGACAUUUCGUACCAUACCAACUGACCACGCGAAUGAACACCAAAACGUCUUGGAAUACAGGCCCCCGUCGCCUGUUGUGCUCUGUAGCUAUCUGCCAGAUGAGUUUAUAUAUUGUCAACCACCUGUGGACCACACCGGGAAUACGACUGCUUAUCAGGAGCUGGGCCAUGGUUGUGUGAAGUUUGGGGGCCAGGUGCAUAAGGAUGUGAACCACACGCGUGUGAUCUGCACGGCGCUGGAGGGCAUCGAGUGUGCAGGGCCCAAAGAGUUCCUGAGGGGGAACGAGCCCUGCAUCAAGUACACGGGACACUACUUCAUCACCACGCUGCUGUACUCCUUCUUCCUGGGCUGCUUCGGGGUGGACCGCUUCUGCCUGGGCCACACGGGCACGGCCGUGGGCAAGCUGCUCACCCUGGGAGGGCUGGGCAUCUGGUGGUUUGUGGACCUGAUUCUGCUCAUCACCGGCGGGCUGAUGCCCAGCGACGGCAGCAACUGGUGCACUUUCUACUGAGGAGA